AAAGACUGGCAAACCCUUCUCACGUUAACAUUGCUUGUGCUUGUGGAAAAGGGAUUAGUGGAUUUCUCGCAUUUUAACAUUGUUAGUGUUAACUUCGAUAAAAAGCCACCAUCAGAGCUCAAAUCUCACAAACUCGAAUUUCUGUCAGGCAAGCGACGGAACGGAUGGGUGAUGGAGAACAAGUGAAGCACAGCUGAGGCCUGAGUGUGCAACCGGAAUCAUUUUCUUUUUGUCCGCCUCAGCUCAUGGCUCACCUCCAUUUGAAAAGAGACAAAUGCCUUUAUUUAUUUAUUGGGUAACCAAGAAAUCGGCAUAAAAGGUUGCACCAUCUUGUUCUUGCUAAGAUUUUUUUAUUUUUUGUUCCAAGUUCAAAUCAUUGUCAUUGUUACUCUCGUCAAAAAAAAAAAAAAAAAUCAUUGUCAUUGUUGGUUGACCAGAACAUUUGAAUUCGAGUGGCGUUGACUGUUUGGCUUUUGUAAUAAUUAUCCUAAUCCCUUCUUCAAUCUCGUCAGUUAAUUACUUAGUCAGCUUCUUUUCUGGGUUCGUCGUACAAUGUUCUGACUUCUUAGUUGUAGUUGUAGUUAGCCUUGCUUUAACUGUAAACAUUCCUCUAUCUCACUGUCUUGCCUUGGUCCACACUCUUCCCACUCACUUCGACCUUUGCUCUCACGAUCACGAGAGUAGCUUCGGAGGGAGAGAGAGAGCAAAACAAGACAGAGACUGCGAGUUGUCGCGUGUCCAUCAUUCCCCUGUUUCUGUAAUGGGUUUGAAGUGAUUUUGGAGAUCUAGGUGAGGAGAGAUGGAGCCUCCUAAGGAGUUCUUGGCUUCCUUAUUGAGCUUUCUCCGUUUUCUACCCUUCUUCAUCGGGCUUCUCCUCCUGGGCAUCAUUAAAGGUGCCAUUUUCUGCCCAUUGAUUUGCCUAAUAAUCACAAUUGGAAACACAGCGGUCAUUUUGGGACUAUGGCUAGUGCACAGUAUCUGGACAUAUUAUUGCAUUGCAAUAACCAAAAAACUUGGGCCAGUUUUGAAGCUUGUCCUUUGUGCAUGUCUUCCUGUUCUCUUGAUUCUGUGGCCACUUUUUGGCAUUGUUGGGAGUAUCCUAGCAGGCGCAGGCUAUGGCUUUCUGCAACCACUUUUUGCCACCUUUAAAGCUGUUGGAGAAGGGAAAACAGAUAAAUUUGUCCACUGUAUUAUUGAUGGAACUUGGAGCACUGUACUGAAAAGCUUUAUGGUGGUUAAGAACCUUACCAAUGUUUGUUUUCACUCCUAUUUCUCAGUUAUGGAUGACCUCCACCUUCAAGGACCUCCUGAUGGGAAACCAUAUGAGAUCAGAUUGCUUUAUCUUCCAGGUGCUCUUUUAGCUGGAGUUCUUGGUUUUAUGGUUGACUUACCAGUGAUCACAGUUGUUGCCCUAUACAAGAGCCCUUACAUGCUUUUCAAGGGAUGGCGCCAAUUGUUUCAUGAUCUUAUAGGUCGGGAAGGCCCUUUCUUGGAGACCAUAUGUGUACCAUUUGCUGGGCUUGCAAUCCUACUAUGGCCAUUGGCAGUUAUUGGAGCCAUUUUAGGAUCAAUGGUAUCAAGUAUCUUCUUAGGUGCAUAUGCAGCUGUUGUCGUUUACCAGGAGUCAUCCAUAUAUUUGGGCCUUCGCUAUAUCAUCUCAUCUCUGUCUAUUUUCGAUGAGUACAGCAAUGAUGUGCUUGGCAUGCCAGAAGGGUCCUGUUUUCCUAGGCCUAAGUACCGAAGGGGACCCCAGUCACGUCCCAUCUCUCAUGCCACUUCUUUCUCAAGGCUUAACUCUUUCCGAAAUCCUCCUUCACGUUGCAUCUCAAUCAAGAACUCUAUUACUGAGUUGAAUCCACUUGAGUUUCUGGGUGGCUUAUUUAAGGAAUGUACGCGGCAUAGGGAGAUUCUAGUUGAUGAAGGACUAAUAAUACCCGAAGAUAUGGAAGAAUCUAAGUCUAGCAGAGGUGACAUCAGUGUGAUAAGCGUUGGUCUGCCUGCUUAUUGCAUCCUUCAAACACUUCUCCGUUCUGCCAAGGCCAACUCAGAUGGUAUAUUGCUAAGCAAUUAUGAGACUGAAAUAACUAGGGAAAAUAGACCCAAAGAUGCCUUCUUUGAUUGGUUCCUUAACCCUUUACUGAUCUUGAAAGAUCAGAUAAAAGCUGCAAAGCUUUCAGAAGCUGAAGAGAACUACCUUUGCAAAUCCGUUCUCUUGAGCGGGGAUCCUCAGAGAUUGAAGAAUUCAAAUCUAGUGACACCACCAGAAUCUGAGCUGAAAAGGGGUAAACUAGAUGGAUUUGCUCGAAGGCUCCGAGGGAUUACAAAGUCCAUCUCAAAGUAUCCACCAUUCCGGGGACGCUUCGAUAAUCUUUGUACCCUAUCUGAAGAACUUGCCAAGGCAAAUGGCGGAAGUCAGUCAACCAACGGAUCUCAAUCAGUUCAAAGGCCAAGAAGUGGAAUUGUCCGAACAUUAAGUCGAAUAUUAAGUCAGAAGUCCUUUGGAAGCUGAACAAGUAGGAACUCGAUAAGAUGACCGUGACGACCAACUGAUUUCUGAAAUGAUUUGGAAAUUGGAAUUUCCAUGAUCAAAUCUGUUUUCCAUUUAUUUUUCCUUCACUCCUUUUCUGUGGGCAAUUAAUAGAAAGAGCUGUAACUAUUUGCAUAUAAAAUGAAAUGUCAGUUAUAGGCUCAUACCUGUACUUUCCAAAUAGAAGAAUGGCAUUAACUCA